CAAAAUUAUAACAUCACUUGCUAGAAUUUUCCAUCUGUACAAAGUAACCCAAAGUUUCGCUACAAUUAAUAAUAAACUCAUUAAUCAUAUUGCUAAUAAUGGAGGAUAAUGAUAAGAGCAAUAGUCAAUCUGGUUACAAGUCGGAGAAUGAUAGCAAUGACGAAGAGUUUCCGCGAAGAUCUCCGGUACUGUUGGAUUUAGACAAGAUGGUGAAGAAAUCGCAUCAGGUUAAUGACGAUCAGGAGUCGUCUUCCAGCAAUCUUGAGCAUCAGAAUUUGAGGAUAAAAGAAGAGCCGCCGUUUAAUUCUGCGAAAGAGGCGGCUUUCAUGCGUCGGCAAUCGCUAAGAAGACGCUGGCACGAUGACUCAAUGAGUGAACGAUCGAGUACUUCGGGGGAUGGUGUCCUGGUAAUCAGAGUUCCGGAACCGGAGACUGCUGGUUCGCAUUCGCAUCUUGAAAUUUUGCACCAAACUAAAAUAAAAUCUGUACAACGUGAAUCUGCUCAAUCUGAGAAAGGUAGUAAUAAUUUCACAGAUUACAAAAAAUCAGCAUGUGACCGUGAGCGUACGCGAAUGCGCGAUAUGAACCGCGCAUUCGAAUUACUGAGAUCAAAAUUGCCGAUUUGUAAGCCACCAGGAAAAAAAUUAUCCAAGAUCGAGUCAUUGAGGCAUGCGAUAACUUAUAUAAGACACUUGCAAAGUCUGCUGGAGCCUCAGUAUCCUUACGUACCGUGUAAUUCGGACGUGGCUAAUUAUUAUGUUAAUCCAUCGCCGACAAGUUCGUACGACGUCCAACAUCCACCCCGAUGGGAGUCAUUGGCUUACUACCGGUACGACUAUCACGGACCUUUUGUACCACCACCGCCUGUUCUACCUCCCCCACGACGACUCGGUUCCGAGUCUGAGGAACAAUAUCGCUACAACCAACACUUGUAAUUACUUAAAAUUAAUCUUAAAUAAUAAAUUUUACCCCAAUCAUAAUAAAUAGUAAAUAAUAAAUAAUAAAUUAUAAAUAUAUAUGUAUAAUAACUAUGGAUCAAUAGAUUACGACAGUUUAAAUACCAAAUU